CUGACUUCCUGAACUAUAAAAAAUCUAAUCCUUACCUUUUCGGGUAAAUUAAUCAUCUGUAAUGCCCUGAUUCAUCUAAUUUCCAAUACCGGAUCUGUCAGUGAGUAGUUAUCUGUUGCUUGACCAACUCUAAUGGAAAUGGUUACUGUGGAUUGUGAUGAAGGGGUGGAGCAUGCUUUCCAAUCUGAUCGUACCCCUGUUUCUUCACACUAUUUGCAUCAUGCUUCCGCUUGUUUGGAGUGUCUCCCAUCGGAGCAAAAAACGUCAAACGAAAAAUCGGAAGGAAGCAACCCAAAUAGUUUGGACCUCAAUAAAACACCACCUUCUGAUGGACAGGACGAUUUGCAGAAGGAUUUUAAUCUCGAUAAUAGAUUGUUGAGGAUCAGCAAUGAGCAAGAGAAGGUUGGUAUUAAACGAGGGCAGAGAUUGACGGAAGAACAAUACGCUUAUUUGGAACAAUGCUACAAAGAGAACAACAAAAUGUCAGAAGAUUAUAUCCAAAUGGAGGCUCUGGCAAACAAGCUAGAUAUCAGCCCUCGAAAAGUUCAAGUUUGGUUUCGGAAUAGGAGGAGAAGGAUCAAAACGAAGCAAAACAAAAUGGUUGGUACUGAACUAAGGUUCAGAUUUUCAGAAGAGCAAUAUGCUAAUUUGGAAGAAUGCUUCAAACAGAACAAUACAGUGGAUAAAAUCCAAUUGGAGGCUUUGGCCAACCUGCUAAAUGUCAGCCGUCGAAAAGUUCAAGUUUGGUUUCAAAAUAGGAGGAAGAGGAACAAAAGGAAGCAAAACGAAAUGGAUAGUGGGAAACAAGAGAAUGUAUUAAGAGAGGAAAAGAAGAGAAUGCAUAAAGAGUUGGCAGAAAUUAAGGCGCCUGAAACACCACCUGCAGCACCAUUAGUGGGAUGUCCUUCCUGUCAAAGGGUUAUCAGCACUACUCGUUUGACAACUUCUGGAUGAAAUCAAUAUUGGAUAAAUUACUGUGUUUGCCUAUUGAUUGCUUAUAUUUCGAAAAUCUCUUUCUUGCUGCUAUUGGGAUUUAUUUGAGAAUCUGCAGCCCUACUAUAAAUCGAAGAUAACUUGUGCGUGCUUUAACCUUCUUAGGCGUUUUCAAAAGUAAUAAAUGUUGUUUCAAGUGAAUCAGAAAUAACCCCUAUUUGUGACCCAGAUAUUUUAGACUUUAUGUUAGAGUUCUGAGAUUAAUUGUCUCU